AUGGAAGCCAGAGCAUCUGACUGGCAACCGGUAUGCGUUGCCUCAACUCGAGGGUCUGAUGACCAACCGAGGAUAGAAAAUGAGAAGGGUUCAUAUGACGGGUCUAUUGAGCAGAAAUCAAACUUCUACAAAUAUGCAGAGUGGUCACCGGAUGGCACCACCAUUCUAACAGACUCUGCCGACCACCAUAUUCGGACGUACAUAUUGCCCCCAGAUCUUCUGGAAGAAAGAGAACAACCUCUUCAGUUGACACCUUAUUCAAUCUUGCCUUCGGUGGAGCCAACUUAUGCGACUGCUAUAUAUCCCUUCUUUUCUUUACAGGAUCCAUCGACGACUGUGUUUUUGUCAUCUGUCAGAGACCAUCCUAUUCGACUCACAUCAGCUCUUGCACCACAUACAUUUGCGACGUACUCGCUCAUUCAUCCAACAACGGAAGCCUUUAUCACACCCCAUUCUAUUAUCUAUCCAUUAAGCCUGGGCGGGACACAUUUCCUGACUGGCUCGGACAGUCUCAUAUGUCUUUUUGAUGUCUCACGCCCAGGGACUGACGGGCCUGUUUCCAGAAUGGCCACGAUACCCAGCAAACGGAGGCAAAUUGUCGGCGGGGGCGUCGGUAUGAAAGGCAUCGUUUCAGCAUUGGCUGUCAGUCCUACGGAAGAUAGCUUGUUAGCUGCUGGAACGUUCACCAGACACGUUGGACUGUACGGGUCCAACGGCUCGGGGGAGAUGCUUGGAACUUUCAGUAUUGCAAAGACAGACGCCGACCGUCAAAUUGGUGGAAGAGGAGUCACUCAGAUUUGCUGGAGUCCGUGUGGUAGAUAUCUCUAUAUUGCAGAGCGAAAGAGCGAUGGUGUGUUGGUCUAUGAUAUCAGAGUCACAGGUCAGCUCAUGGCAUGGCUGCGAGGACGCAAGGCUUUUACGAACCAACGCAUGAAGAUUGAUAUUGUACCUUCAGGAGAAGAUGGCUCUCACGAGAUCUGGGCUGGAGGAACGGACGGGUUUAUGAGAGUCUGGAAAGAUCCUGCCCUUUCAGUAGGAGCUAAGGAUCCUGACUGGGAAUGGAGAGUACAUGAUGACGCUGUGACGAGUGCCGCUUUUCACCCUCAGGGGAACGUGGCAGCGACAUGCUCUGGUCAGAGACGCAACCAAGAUUUCGAAAUGGCCGAUGGCAACGGAGAAGACGAGCAAUAUGGCCAGGGGGACAACAGCCUCAAAGUCUGGUCACUGCCGUUUCUUGGGGAAAGCAUAAAUGGCGAAAGAAGCUAA